AAAAUCAGUUGCAUUGCAGCCUUCCAUGGCUAUAUAACAUUUACAAAAUCAAUUUCUAUACAUUUCUAUAAUAAUAAAUUAUAAACUUGACUGAAAUAUAAUAUAAGAGUGCAUAAGAUAAUAUAAAAACAAAAUGUCGAGCCAUUGGAGCUACGGUGGAGUUUUGUUAGUAAUACUUGUGGUAGGCGUUGUCGCGACAAAUAACACCACUGAUGUGGAUAAAAUGAAUCCGUGUAAAAACAAAGAUACCUGCCGUGAAUGCAUACAAACGGCCAAAUGUGUAUGGUGUAAGGAGUCGAGCUUUGCGGAUGAUCGGUGUUUUCCAAGCAAUGCGUCUACAACUUGUACAUUAAUUGAGAAUCCCGUCACGAAAAUAACCCAAGAACUCAAGCGACCACUAACGAGCGGCGGCAAAAGUAAAAGCUCGCAUAAAAAUCGUGAAAUUGUACAGCUGAUGCCGCAGUACAUCAAAUUGGAAUUGAGACCCAAUGAAGUGGAAUUAAUAAAAGUGAAAUAUGCGCGUGCGCUCGAUUAUCCUGUCGAUUUGUACUAUCUUAUGGACUUAUCUGAAUCAAUGACAGAUGAUAGGGACAACCUCUCUAAAUUGGGUAGUACUUUGGCAGAGACGAUGCGCAAUUUAACCAGCGAUUUCCACUUGGGCUUUGGUUCGUUUACCGACAAAGUUAUAAUGCCUUUCACCGACAAUCUCAAUCAAAGGAACACGACUGAUUUAUUUCCUCGGGGAACAAAAUACAAGUGCCAUGCACAUAACAACUGUCUUAGUUAUCAUAAUAUUAUGCCGCUGGACACGGAUACCAAGAAUGAAUUUUCAUCUAAUGUGAAGAACGCAAAAAUUGCGGGUAAUUAUGAUUCCCCCGAAGGUGGCUUGGAAGCUAUGAUGCAGGCAAUCGUGUGUCGCAAAGAGAUCGGUUGGCGUGAAAAAGCGCGACAUCUACUAGUUUUCUCAACUGAUGCAAAUUUUCACAUAGCGGGUGAUGGUAAGCUAGCCGGUUUGAUUCAACCAAAUGAUGGCAAAUGCCACUUGGACAAAGACGGCUAUUAUACGCAUGCAGAACAAUUGGACUAUCCAAGUAUUGGACAAGUAAAACACACUAUCGAAGAGAAUGCGAUUAAUGUCAUAUUUGCUGUAACACAUAAUGUGCUGGGUAUAUAUAAAACGCUGUCGGCAAAUAUUAAUGGAUCAUCAUACGCCAACUUGGAAGGAAAUUCAAUGAAUGUGGUAAACCUUAUACGCGAACAAUAUCAGCAAAUUUCAUCCUCCAUUCAAAUGCGUGACAAUGCCACUAGUGAUGUAAAGAUCACAUACUACUCCGCUUGUCGCAGUGCUGGCCCCGAAGUACUAACUUCAAAAUGUGAUGGCUUACACGUCGGUGAUGAGGUAACAUUUAGCAUAAAUAUCCGUUUGGCUUCCUGUCCAAAAGAUCCACACGAUUGGCGGCAAAUAAUACAAAUCUAUCCGGUCGGUAUAAAUGAGAGUUUGAUCAUUGAUCUGAAAAUGCUUUGCGGUUGCGAAUGUGAUGCCGAAGUGAAAACCAAAAGUCAACAUUGCUCCUCACAAGGCAAUCUGGUAUGUGGCGUUUGUCAGUGUGAGGAUCAGUUUGUAGGCGCCCAGUGUCAGUGUUCGAAUACUGAUAUGCAAGAGAGCUCUGACAGCAGCCACAAUUGUCAUGACAACACAACAAUAAUCGAUUGUAGUGGACGUGGCAUUUGCUCGUGUGGCCAAUGUCAAUGUGACAAGCGUAGCAAUGAAGAAGAGGUCAUAUCGGGUAAAUACUGUCAGUGUGACAAUUUCUCUUGUGAGCGACAUGAACAGCGGCUUUGCUCCGGUCCCGGCCAUGGGAAAUGCGAAUGCGGACAAUGUACUUGUAAUGAAGGCUGGCAGGGAAAAGCUUGCGAAUGUUCGGUAUCAACUGAUAAGUGUCGGAAAGAGGGCGAUGAUAAACUAUGCUCGGGCAAAGGAACUUGCGAAUGCAACGCUUGCAAAUGUCAAGCCACCGCACAAGGUCGUUACUCUGGACAAUACUGUGAAACGUGCCCGACAUGUUCAAGUUUCUGUUUGGAAUUGAAAGAUUGCGUACAAUGUCAAAUGUAUAAUAGGGGUAAAUUCAAGGAUAUUAAAGAUUGUGCUGCCAACUGUACGAAAGUGAAAACGACUCCAGUGGAUAAAGUACUGGAGAAAUCGGAAUUAGUUCUGGGCGAAAAGAAUUGUGAAUUUUACGAUGAUGAUAAUUGUAAAUAUGCAUUUACGUUUAAAGAAAAUAAUGGCAUUUACGAAGUGCAAGCACAAAAGGAGCGUGAGUGUUUGGCAAAGGUUGCCAUGCUCAAGAUUUUAUUCAGUGUGGCAGGCUCUAUUUUGUUCAUUGGCUUGGCAACGCUGCUUUUAUGGAAACUUAUUACGACCAUACAGGAUAAUCGAGAGUUUCGACGAUUUGAGAAGGAACAAAUGAAGGCACAAUGGAAUGCGAAUGGCAACCCAUUGUAUAAACAAGCGACGUCAAGCUUUAAAAAUCCGACUUACUCAACGCAAUGAAUUAAUUAACAAAUGUAUAAAAAAUAUUAUGUAGCUAUGUAUCCGAUUUCUAUAAUAUAUUUUAAAGUAAAAAAAGUA